ACCUUGUGACCCGUAGCUGCUCAAAAACGCUCCUUCGUCAUGUGACGCAGUAGGGGCGCUUUGCUGAGGGCGGAGCUAGUACCGUAGCGGCUGAGACUAGAGCAGAGCCACUUAGACUCGCUUAAAGUUAAAUCUAGUUAGUUUUACACCCGUAAACAUAAACUGGUUUAGUUGGUUCUUCGCGUUUCAAACUAGCAGGAUGGGAAACCGAGUCGCUCGAGAGGACUACGAGUGGGUUUACACGGACCAGCCACACGCCGACCGGAGGAAGGAUAUCCUGGCCAAACACCCAGAAAUCAAGUCCUUGAUGGGGCCCGACCGCAGACUGAAAUGGAUCGUCUGCACAAUGGUGGUCAUCCAGUUUUUAGCUUUCUACCUCGUCAAGGACUUGGACUGGAAGUGGGUUUUGUUCUGGACGUAUUCCUUUGGCAGCUGCAUCAACCACUCUAUGACUUUGGCUAUCCAUGAGAUCUCCCACAACACUGCCUUCGGAAAUAACAAGGCCACAUGGAAUCGAUACUUUGCCAUGUUUGCUAAUCUGCCCAUCGGCCUGCCCUACUCUGCCUCCUUCAAGCGUUAUCACCUGGACCAUCAUCGCUACCUGGGGGGGGAUGGAGUGGAUGUGGACAUCCCCACUGAGUUUGAAGGAUGGUUCUUCUGCACUCGAUUUCGCAAGCUUAUCUGGAUCAUUCUGCAGCCCCUUUUCUAUGCUGUCAGGCCCCUGUGCAUCAACCCCAAACCUAUCAGUCAGCUGGAAGUGACCAAUGUGGUCAUCCAGGUAGCCUUUGAUAUCCUGCUCUACUGGAUGUGGGGGGCCAAGCCGGUGGUGUACAUGCUAGCUGGCUCCAUGCUGGGAAUGGGCCUACACCCUAUCUCUGGCCAUUUCAUAGCAGAGCACUACAUGUUCUUAAAGGGUUAUGAGACUUACUCCUACUACGGCUCCCUAAAUCUUCUUACUUUCAAUGUGGGCUACCACAAUGAGCACCACGACUUCCCCAGCAUCCCGGGGCGGCGUCUGCCCUUGGUCAAGGAAAUGGCAUCCGAGUACUACCAGGACCUGCCCCAGUACACGUCAUGGGUUCAAGUUCUGUACGACUUCAUCAUGGAUGACACGCUCAGCCCGUACUCCCGGAUUAAGAGAAAGCUGAAAGGGGACAUCAAACAGGAGUGACUGCACUCAGAUCUGGCUACUCAUCUGCAAGCUAACCGUCUGCUGUGUGUGUGUACUGUCUGUGGUGCUGGACUGAGGAGCUCUUGUAACUGAUUAAGAGACUGACCAAACUCACUAUGCUCUUCCUGCUUUUACAGUCUGACUCUAUCCAGUGUUACAAUAAAGAUGCCUUUGGGCUCAUCUGCCUUAGA